AUGAACGACAGGUUGAAACGGCUCGAAACGAACCCAAGAGCAGGAGGGCAUACCCAGGACGGGCAUGGUGGCAAGACUCACGGUCGAUUUCCAGCAAAUUGCCAGCAAGGACUGAACGUUGUUGAGCUCUGUCGCCGCAUGGCUGGUUCACGACUUGGCGUCUGGUCUUUGACGGCCAAGUCGCCAAGAAAAGCUUCUGAGACGCGUUGCAUGCUUGCGUAUCCCGGGGUCGGGCCAGUGGAGGCCGGUACUGCUUCAUCUGUUCGCCGGCCUGCCUCACCGUGGCAACGCAGCUCUUCUAGCGUGAACCCCACGCGAGCUCGUCAACAGCGGCGGUCAUUUUUUGAAAAGCCGUCCGUCUUAUCGGGACCAAUACCAAAGCGUUCCGACUCUUGCCCGCUUCAUCUCUGGUUGAUACCCGGAUUGAUUAUCUGCUUCGGGCCCUGGGCCGAGUCACGCCUCCGCAAACCUGAUGCACAUGAGCUGCUGGGUAUCCGAGCCAAGCUCUGCCUUAAGCGAUCGAUUCUUUUGCCUCCCGUAUACUCAGUCCUGAUGCAGCCCGCCCAGGUGGUCGAGGCCCUCGCGGGCCAUGUUGCCGAGGCCUCUACCCGAGGCGGCCUAGCCGCCGCAUUCAUGAUUCCGGGAGAUCGGUCAACUAGCCAAAGUCAAAAGCCCAAGAAGGCUUCUCAUUUUGCCGACGCGGAAUCGACCUUGGCUGGCGAGAAGAUCUGUGUCAUGGCGACUCAGGGCCACGUUUCGAGAAGCCCCAGCAGAAUGGUCAUUGGAUCCCAGCUUAUACCAGAUAAAGUCAAGUUAAUGCGCGCUGCCAGUUCACCUCUUCACUACGCCCAGGUCGUAGUAGCGCGACUGGCGGCCCAUAUCGUGUAA